UUGACCAUGAGGUGACGCCGCCUGAGGAAUCCCUGUUUGUAGUGGCGGGGAGGAAACUCACCAUAUAUGGGCAGUGACGUCAGCCCCACGUGGUUUGAGUUCGUGAGAGAUUCCAGACAACACUAUUUCCCGUAAAGUUACGGGGCGUGGCAAACCAAUUCUCCGGCUUUAAGGGUUUACAACCUGACAAUUACUCCCAGACUUCCGAUUCUAAAUGGAUGACUAGAAAGCCGGAGGUGCGGCUUGGACAACUUUCGGACGUUUUAGCUCGAUUUAAACAAUAGUCAAACUCUUUUCCCCCUCUUUGCUCCCCUUCGGAACGAACUCGUUUGGACUCUACCGAUUUACGGCAAUACAGUGGGCUUGCCCCCAGAGUUUGAAUUAACCCACAAGACUCAUCCCGAAAGCUACGAUCUAAAGGCUCUAUAGACACACACAGCGGAGGCUGGGUUCGGUUGCGUUUCUCAGAAAGCCGGAGAGGAUGUAUCGAAACUUCGGGAGUCAAGGGAGAGGCAACCCGGCGUACGGAGGCAACCUGUCCGGGUCCAGCUCCGCAUCACUGGGCGGCAGCAGCAGCAGCAGCACCUCCAGCACCCAGCAGGAGCAGAAAUUCACAAUGGCAGGCAGCAACCCCUUUGUCCCAAGUCUGAAUGCCAUCACAACAAACCAGGACCUCCAGUGGCUGCUCCAGCCCUCACUCAUGCAUCCUCCAGGACCUUCACACUCACCGGUACCGCCUUACCCAUCCAUCGUGGGGGCCCGGCCGAUGGGUCCGCCGCCUUCCCAGUCCCAUUUCAUCAGACCCGGGGUCAUAAGGGCAGCUGCUAAUACCCCACCGCCCACAAGGCGCAGGAAUGAUGAGCAGUUGUCACUUGAAGAACUGGAAAGACGCAGGAUCAGAAGGGAAAGGAAUAAAAUGGCAGCAGCAAAAUGUCGCAAUCGCCGCCGUGAGCUGACUGACUCAUUACAAAAUGAAACCGAUCAGCUGGAGGAUGAGAAGUCGCGUCUGCAGAAAGAAAUAGCACUACUGCAGAAGGAGAAGGAGAAGCUGGAGUUGGUCCUGGAAGCCCACCGUCCCAUCUGCAAGAUAGACGACUCUGAUUCCGAUUCUGAUGCCACGCCUUCGCUUUCUUCUUUGGGAGGCAUCAAACUGGAACCAGAGGAAUCCAUCAUUCCGGGACCCUCCACAAAAAAGCCAGAGAAGCCCAAACCGAAGAUAAUGAUCCCAGCCAAACCGGUGGCGUCCACCGCCUCGGUCGUCGCCUCUGAGUCCGAGUCGCUCCACACGCCGGUUCUCAUAUCGACGCCGUCACUCCUGUCCUUCUCUGCUGGCAUGGUUUUCACGUAUCCGUCCUCCACGUCGGAAGCAGCAGCGCCUGCCGCGUCCCAUCAGGCCUUGCACCCUCAGGCCCAGCAGCCCUGCGGAGUCGCCCAUCGGCGCAGCAGCAGCAGUGGCGACCAGUCGGAUCACUCCCUGCACUCGCCGACCAUUCUCACCCUGUGAUCGCCCAGCGAAACACUACAGCUGGUUCCGGUUCCAGCCCAAACGCAGGAUCUCUGCAAAACGCUGACGGAAACGAGGACGAUGACUGUUUUAGGCAUUUCAAGACGAUCAGCUGCUUCGUUACUUAAUCUCUGAUCUCAGCUGACUCUCAAGGCCUUGUGCACAUGUAGCCGGGUUUUUAUAAAAACUAAUAUCUCCCCUGCAUCGAUUCUAAAACACAAAUAUCGCACACGAGAAAUCAGUUUCAGAAAAACUUCAAUCAGAUGAACCCAAGCAAACAUACAACGGUACGACGGAGUAUCAGGGCCACGCCAAGAAAACCAAAAAACACAAGAAUGAAGUCAGAAUAUUACGACCUUAUUCUCUUAGUUUUUUUUACUUUUUUAAAUAUGCCCCUAAAACUCAACUAUAUAACAGAGAAAAUAAUAAUAGCAAUGAUAAAUAAAAAUAAUAAAAUCAUGAGAAUAAUCACAUAUUAUGAGAAUAAAGUCAUAAUAUUAUGAUUUUAUUUUUGUAAUUUUAUUUAUUUUUUCUUAGUAUGGCCACAUACUCCAUUGUACGACAGAAUAUUAGAGCAAGGCUAAGAAAAAUGUAGUAAAAUUUCAUGAAAGAUAUAAAAUUAUGAAAAUAAGGUCAGAAUAUUACAAGAACAAAGUCAUACAAGAAUAAAGUAGUGUUACAAAAAUAUAAAAAUAAGGUAAAAUGAAGAGUUGGGCAUCUUGUAAAGUUAUACUUUGCAAUUUGUUUCACAGAUGAGGAAAUGCUUAAGUUAUUAACUCACCAGCAUCAAUAGCAGGACUCUGAAACGAUUGUGCAAGUGGCUAAGUUUGUUACUCCAAUUUUACUCUCUGUAAUAAGAUUCUAUUCUUGUAAUUGUAUGACUUUAUUCUCGUAACCAGGCUUGUUUCUUAGCCUGGUUCUACUACUCCGUCGUACAAAUACACUCUUCAACUUGUUUUAAACAUGCCAAACCCACAGGGGGCAGUGUGGCGCAAAGCUAAAGUCCAUGUCAGCUAAUCAGGUUGUUUCAAAACAACCACGACUUCCAGUUAGGAUUUAAACCUAACAGGGGCGCCAAGAGGUUCCUUUAUGUGGAUAUAAGUUUAACUACUUUGAAAUGUUUAUUUUAUAUAAAUAUAAAUAAUACAAUACAGGCCAAUUUUGAUUAGGAAUCAUGUCAAAGCAGGUUUGUGGAUUUAUUGCUGCAUUAUUUCCUCAAAUCUCCACUCUGGUUGGAUGAACAGCCAAAAUGUCUAAAAAUGUUUUGGUUUUCCCAGAUAUCUGGCUACAUGUGUAGUGGACCUUGGAUGGCAUGAAAAUCUGUGGCAUUAUCAGAAUUUGAAUGUUACACUCUUUAUUUUGUUUUUUUAACAUAAAGUUGAUACAAAUUUUGUACUUUUUUAAGCUAUGAGAUGAAAUGAAUGUUUUUUUAUCGGGGAAAAAUUGCA